AUGCCCACUGCGCUCACCACGGGCGCCACAGGCCUGCUAGGCAGACAGGUCUUGAAGGCCUUUGAAGAUGCCGACUGGCAUGCGGUCGGGACAGGCUUCAGUCGAGCCUCAGGCGCGAUCCGCAAAGUCGACAUCACCGACUCUGGAAGCGUGGCUGCGCUCUUCAACCAAGUCAAACCGGACGUUGUCGUACAUUGCGCCGCCGACCGUCAACCAGAUUCCUGCACGAAGAACCCUGCCGCAGCCCGGGCGCUGAAUGUGACCGCGACACAGACGCUUGUCGAAGCCUUCCAUGGCUCGCUGUUCAUCUACAUCUCUACAGACUACGUCUUUCCCGGCGCCGCAGGCGACGCACCCUAUAAACCUACCGACGCGCCCAACCCGACAAACAUCUACGGGCAGACCAAGGCCGACGGAGAGAAUGUGGUACUCGCACACGGCCCCAACGCAGUCGUACUCCGCGUUCCCCUCCUCUACGGACCAGGCGAGAACAGCGAAUCCGCCGUUAACACACUGAUGGACGCACUGUACAAGACCGGCGGCACCGUGAAAAUGGACGACUGGGCCCUCCGGUACCCGACGAACACCGAGGACGUUGCAAGAGUGUGCGUUGACCUUGCGAGGAAGAGGAUAGAUCAAAAGGAACAAUCAGCAAUUGCAAUACCGCACAUACUGCAGUUCAGCAGCGAAGACAAGAUGACAAAGUACGAGAUAUGUCAAAAGUUCAGCGAGAUCAUGGGUCUGCCCAUGGAUCAUAUCGUGCCGGACAAAGAUGGCGGGAAACCCAAAGAUGGCACAAUGAGGCCGUACGACACUCACAUGGACACGAGCGGGCUCAAAGAUCUGGGGGUUGAUGUCUCUACGGUUGAUUUUGUGGCGUGGUGGAGAAGAUAUGUUGGUGCUUUUAGGCAUUGA